GGCGCUGGACUUUAACUAACUAAUCCGACUGCACAGGAAGUACAGCUGCACCAGUGAGAUGGUUGCUAGUUAGCAGCUGGUUAGCACGUUGGUCGUCGUUUUUAGUGACUAGUUCACAGAAUGUCCUUGAAUGCAGCCUUGUUCAUGAGAUAAUUCGUUUUUUGAGGGAGUGGGGGCGUUUGUCGAUAUCUGGACCAUGUCGGACAGAAAGCGAACAAGAGAGAAGGAGGACAGACGGGACCACAAGAAACACAAGACAUCCAAACAGGAUUUGGAGAAGCUAAAAACACACACAAAAAAACUCAGCAACGAAGUCCAAAAAUUAAAACACGUCGAGACGUUCUAUGAGAAACCACCACCAGGAUUGAUAAAGGAGCAUGAAGACAAACCAGAGGACUGUAUUCCUGCGGAACCAGGAAAUGAAGAGGCCAGGAACUUCCUGGCACACGCCCCCACUAAGGGGCUAUGGAUGCCCCUGGGGAAGGAGGUGAAGGUGAUGCAGUGUUGGAGAUGCAAACGCUACGGCCACAGGACAGGAGAUAAGGAGUGUCCGUUCUUCAUCAAAGGCAACCAGAAACUGGAGCAGUUCAGGGUGGCCCAUGAAGACCCAAUGUACGAUAUCAUUCGGGAAAACAAAAGGAAUGAAAAAGAAACCAGGAUCCAGCAGCUGCAGCAGCUGCUUCAGGACACCACCUCCUCCUCCUCCUCCUCCUCUGAUUCAGGCAGCUCCUCCUCUUCCUCUUCCUCUUCUGACCACCAUCGCAGCAAGAAAAGGAAAAAGAGGAAGGACAAAAAGAAGAAAGACAAGAAGAAGAGAAAAAGGAAACGAAAGCACAAGUCGUCCAAAACCAGUGACAGCUCUGAUUCAGACUGAGAGCUUGGAACAUACUGGUGUACGUACUUGUAUGCUACAUGCUUUAAACAUAGGAAGAGACAGUGAAUGAAGUAGCAGCAAUGGUAGAUCUUACACAGUAGCGAAGUGUGUUCUGCCUCAGUACGAACUGGAGACCUUUGCAAGCCUUUCGUCUGCCGGCUGAAACCCUAAAACUGUAAAUCCACUGUGCAUGACUUCUCCCAGUUGUUUCACUGUCUCCAGGGCGACGGCUUUAAUUUACCUUGUCUCUGUUAGAUGACACAGAUCAGGGUCAUAUGGAACAGCUGCUUGAGCAAGUGUGUGUACGCGUGCCUCGGUGCAAACAUCCGUCAGAAAGCAUUAGCUGCAUGGGUAAUGAAUCUAAAGCAAUGUGAAAUGAGCCCGCUGGUGUAAGAGAUCUUUACUGGCUCUUAUAAGAUAGCAUGUCAGCAAAUGUAGUGUGUUAUUAAGAGAUUGUAUUUUCCACCAUAUUCUUUUUUUUUUCUUAUCCUUGCCAUCUCGCUGCUCUUAAAUACUUUGAUUGUAGAGUGUGUUAAACGCAGAGAGGAGGAAAAAAAUAGUACAGUUCGAAUUUGUCUUCCACACAAGCCCGAAUGUUUGAAUACUUGUGACUGUACAUAAAUAUUUGGAAUUAUUUGAGGUUGGAAUAUCCUUAUUUGCUCUGAAAAAAAAAGCCACAGCGAUGGGGAAAGAAUGUAUGUGAAUGUAUUCCUUUACUCCGAGAAUAAAGAUGGCUCUUUUUCUCCA